AAUUGAAACGAUAGCAGGGUACUUUCUGUCAGCUAGAACAAAAUUAAAAAACAAAACGUUUUAAGUCUUUUUAUUUUAUUUUUUUUUUGGUUGAAAAAUUCAUAUUCAAUUUUAUAAAUGAUGACUUCACCUUGUGAAGAUUGUGAUCGAUUGCAAGAAACUCUCCCUGAAGGCAAUGCCUCAGUUCGGCCAUCGUUUCAACAGCCAACUAUGUACGAUCAUUUGAGUAGCUUUACUAAGUUCAAGGAAGACAAAGCUCUCGCUAGGAAAUUGCGAGCCAAAGAGGACGAACUUUUGACAUUUAACAAAAACUUCACCAGUUUAGAAUUUGACAAGACAAGUGGUGAAAUAUUGGACAAGUCUGAGAUUAGAAAACAUCGAUAUAAUUUGAAAAAAGAAGAUCGCUUUCAUCGACUGCCAGAGAUAGUCGAACCGGAGAAAUUAUGGAAGAAUCAACACGAUGAUGUGAAAUUAACUAAUUCAUUGACCUCAAUUUCAAGAACUCCAAUAUCAUGUCCUGUGAGUAGGUGUGGCAGCACCAUAGGAGUGACAUCACUCCUGUCACAUUUCAUGAGAGAUCAUAACGAAGAUUUGACAGUUGAAUUCAUGAAUCUCUACACCAAUGGACGGGCGAUUUUGCUCUUUGAACGAGAUAUGUGGAAUUUUGGAGAGAAUGUUUGCUUAGGGAUUUUAUCCUAUGGAGGAAUAGAAAAUAAAAAAUCAUCUCGGCCAGCUUUGAGAGGAAUUUGCAAACAGAAUUCAUUUCUUUCGGAGACAUUUGCUCAUUUGGAGAAUCAUCUUCCAAUUUUAGUAAUGGCCUGCAAGACUUCUAUAUGUUCCCUCUUGGAUGAUAAGGAACUUUCAAAAGAACUUAUUGAUCGAGAAGAUCAAACUAAACAUAUUCUUAUAAUUUGGUUGGCAACUGUUCAAACUACAAAACCUAUAUUCUGUACAAUUACGGCUUUUGAUAAAUUAAUGAUAUCUUCUAGAAGUACUAUUAUUAAUGUUCGAAGCUUAGAUUCUCCUCAAAAACCUGAAGAAUUUAUAAGCAAUGAAACAAAUUAUUUGAUGCUAAAUCACGGUGAGUUGAAUAUUCUUUCGGAAGAAGGCAAAGAGUCCAUUCGAGUGGAAAUCAAAAUUCAGGAAUUUAUUGAAUGAUUUAAAUAAAUAACACAAAUUACACUUCAUUCCA